AUGCAUCAGUCUGACCGAGUGACGGACGAUGGCCGCUCCGCUCAUCACGCCGACCGAUCCCAACAACGUCGCCAGAAGGCGGUCGACCCCGAAUGGACCAGCGCCAAAAACGGCAUCUCCGCAGCCGACCAGGCCUCCGAGUCAAACGAUCCUCCCAGCAAACGACGACGAGUCGCGCUGGCGUGCACCGUCUGCCGUGGGCGGAAAUCACGUUGCGAUGGCAUGCGUCCCAAGUGCUCAUUGUGUAUCGAGUUGGGAUUUGAAUGCGUCUAUCAACAGUCUGCGUCAUAUUCGAACAUCAUCAUCGGCAAAGAGUACCUAUCGUCCAUCGAGGAUAGAUUGAAAGAGGUAGAAGGCCGCCUUGCUUCGCUAGAGAAUCGCGACCGGAACGUUGUCUACCAACCUGCCAAUCCGAACACCUCAAAUGGCGUCUCUUCCCUGGAUUCUGAAAAGCAGGAAACGGCGUGCCUGCGAGAAGAGAGUCUCGAAGAUGCCGAAACCGUCGAAGACCCCAUUGAUGCUAUGGGGGCGGUCACCUUUGCGCAGGAAGAGGACUGCGCAUUCUUUGGGCCUUCUUCAAAUAUCGCCUUCUUGAGACACGUCUCGAGGGCCGUGGCCCGGUUGACUCACGAUCCUGAACCCUGGAAGCCGUCUCCCGCAGAACAUCAUUCAGUAGGAUUUACAGGAGGCUUCAUCAACACCUCAGGCCCGGCCUCGCCCAUUCCGACGCCACGCGAUCCUCCUCUCGAUCAAGUGAACAUCUAUGCUCUUCCUCCUGACUCGGUCGCACGGGAGCUCCUCACCUGGUACUUCAGCAACACGGGCCUAUUGUUUCCCUACAUUCAUGAGCACUCGUUCAUGGCCACAUUUGAACAGGCCAGCAAGGACAAGUUCAAGGGCGUCAGGAGAAUUUGGCUCGCCCUCCUCAAUAUCGUCUUCGCUCAUGCCGUAGUGCACGCACGGGAAAUCACCACCACUCCAGGAAGUGUCGAGUCAGCCUCGGCGAAAGCCAGCGCAGAGUCAGAAAUAUACUUUCGCAGAGCUUCAGGGCUCUUCAACGACAAGAACGCGAAUGGAACGGGCACUAAAACAGUUCAGUUCCUCCUCCUCAUGGGCCAGUACCUUCAAGGAACGCAGAAAUCAGUACAGACAUGGAAGACACAUGGUCUUGCGGUGCGAGCCGCAUUCCAGAUAGGACUUCAUUCCAGCGAUCUAGCCAGAGUCUUUCCUCCGCUGGAGCAGGAGGUUCGCAAAAGGACAUGGUUUGGUUGCAUCAUGCUCGACCGGACCUUGAGCAUGACCUUUGGCCGACCACCCGCAAUCCCUGACAGCUACGUCCAAGUUGAUCUGCCCAUGGAAUUCUCCGUAGUCGACGGCGGAGCUACAGGAACCGACAAGAAGGAGUCAUUGAGCAUUGCGUUUUUCAACGGCACCAUCUCGCUUUACAAAGUGCUUUGCACCAUUAUCGACUCACUCUACGGCCAGAACCUCGCCUGUUCAUUCAAAGCGAGCGCCGUCGACACAAUCGCCCUCGUCUACAAGAUCGAAAACCAGCUUUCGGAGUGGCAACGAGGACUGCCGUCCCAUAUGAGGCUCAUCGCCACCCAAGACAUAUUGCCAGAACGCUUACCGCACGUAGAGGGUUCGGCCGAGGAAGCAUGGCGGCAAUUGCGACUCCGGUUCAUCCUGACUCUCCGCUACACCAACGUGCGCAUCUUGCUGCAUCGCCCGGUGUUGGUAAAGUUCCUCGAUGGAUUGAGCAACCCAGCCAGCCAUCAGGAUACAUCGUUGUUACAACAGGUCGGCACCAUCCAUAUACAGAUCGCCAUCAAGUCGGCCAAGGAGAUUAUCUGUCUGGUGCACAAUGCCCUCCAAUCUGCCACGGGCCGAUCAAAGUGGGGCUUGUUGGGCGCCUGGUGGUUUUCGCUGUAUUACACAUUCAAUGCAGCCUUGGUGCUGGGAGCAUGCGUCCUGGUCCAAAUCGAUCAGAAGGCCUCAGAGAACGAAUCCAAUAUGUCAUUGACCGAGUCGACAGAGGAUAUGUGCCUGCAUUUGGAAAUGGCCAUCGAAGCGAUCCGCCAUCUGGACAGCGACAAUCGCAUGGUCGCGCGGUGCCGAGAUUAUCUCGAGCAGUUUGUUCAGGUUGUCCAGGCGCUAGCAAUCGGACAGGGCCUCAUCCCUCAACCCCACAACUGGCAGCCCGUCACAUACCACCAACCGACGAACCAGGCCUCCUUCGGACAGGUACCGCCCGUCCCGCCUCACGGAGCAAGCGACUAUGGAGUGCUGCUCGGUGGCGGGGCCGCAGCGGUAGGUGCCAGCGUGGGCAUGGGCAUAUACAACCACAACGGCGGCAUCGUGGCGAACAGCAAGCAGUCCCCGCUCGGUAUGGAGCUGGGAGAGUUCAUGCUCGAUGGCGAUCUCGAGUUUCUGAGCAGCCACUCUUUCGCGUAUAACCGCGGAGUGGCUCAGUGA